AUGUAUGAUGAUAGAUGGAUCCCAUACGCUUAUUGGGGAUUGGUGCUGCUUCUGGGCACAAUCAGCCACGCUAUCGCAUUGCUCCCGGUGAAGCGCCCCAGCCAACCAGUACGAAAGAACAAUGCGGCAGCAAAGAUCAAGGGCUGGUUCCACCGUAACCUCAUGAUGGCCCCUACAUUCUCAUACCACCACCAUCAACCCUUGGGAUGGUUCACCGUUCCUCUCCGUUUGCAAUCCUUGGUCAUUGUUGGUUACAUCAUUACACAAAUCUUCAUGCUAGCUUUUCACUACCCUGUCUUUAGUGGCAAUCUUUACUACAAAACAAUUCCAGGACAGGUCUGCCGAAUUUUUGCUGAUCGGCUUGGUAUCUUCAUGGUGGCCGAACUGCCAUUCGUCUUUCUUUUCAGUGGAAGAGCCAACAUCCUCAUCUAUGCCACUGGAUGGAGCUACAGGACUUUUAGCAUCUUCCAUCGCUGGCUGGCCCUGACCCUGACUGUAGAGGGCAUCUGCCAUGGCAUUAUCUUUUCGGCCUACUAUGUCAAUGUUGCGCACCGAUCCCACUUUCCGCUAUGGACUUCUUGUAAGCUAUUACUUUACACCUUAUCCAUUUCGUGCGGUUACUUACAAAAACAACAGAUGGUUAUAGCAUUGGGUCUUGCCGCAGGUUUUGGUUUUGCCCCUCUGCGUAGCCGUAUAUAUGAGUUUUUCAAGGCUGCCCAUGCUUCCCUUGCCGCUGUCUUCCUUGCUGCACUGUUCUACCAUAUCAAGGACCAGUUCAGAGGCAUGUACGUGGUUUGGGUGUGGGCUUGUGUUGGCCUAUGGGCUGGCGACCAUUUCCUCCGUAUGUUGCGUGUCGUCGUUGUGAACUACAAGACGUUCCUCGGACAAGGCUCUCUUGCAUUGGCCAGCUACAGCGAAGAGACCGGUAUGAUCCGUCUCCAGGUCAAGCCUUCUAUCAACAGCACGCGCCAAACACCAGGAACUUACUACUUCGUAUACUUUCCCAGCUUGCACUUCUGGGAGUCUCAUCCCUUCACUCUGGCUGGAAGAUCUAAGCAAAUUGACGAUAUCCCGUCGUACGGUAGCAGUAGCGACCAGCCCAGCGACAAGGAGACAGGCACACAGUCUCCUCGCGUUACGGAACUGAGCACUGAAUCGGGUGACUCGCACAUGACCUUCAUGAUUCGUCCCCGAGAUGGAAUGACUCGGAGACUGCGAGACAGGUUGGUUAGCAAGAGCGAAUCCGGUCCGCUUCGCGUAAGAGUCUUCCUCGAAGGCCCUUACGGCACACCUGCUCGUCUCGAUCACUUUGACGAGGUUCUCUUCAUUGCUGGAGGCAGCGGCAUCACCACAGUGCUUCCUUACCUCCGCAUGUUCUUUGAAGACCAGAAAGAGUCACAAAUACCUCCUAAAGUUCGCUUGGUCUGGGUUGUGCGAGACGAGGGCUUCGUUCGAGAUGUACUUGCGAACGAUCUUCGCGUCACUGAAGGAUCCGCGCUGGCUGCGUCAAGGCUUAACAUGGAGUUUUACAUUACAUCAGACUCUCCCAGUGCCACACCCAAGACGGAGGAGGCUGGUAACAGCAUCGCCGAUCCUAGAUUCAAGAAAUCACGACCUGACAUCCACUCUUUGGUUGACAACUUUGUCAAUGAAUCUCAGGGCAAGACAGCCGUAUUUGUCUGCGGUCCGGCAGAAAUUGCCGACACGACACGACAGGCCGUGAUUAGGCAGACGAGGAAGGUUCACAUUGACGUUGAGCUCUUCGAGGAGAUGUUUGUUUGGUAA